AUGAACCCUCGGACACAAUCGACGACGUUGUCUGCACCAGCGUCUGCUAAUGCGAAUGUCGCUAAUGCAAGAGCCCAGAGCAGAAGUAAAGCCGUUGAAGACAAGAGCUUCACAUUUGACAACUCCUUCUGGUCACACAACAGGGCAGAUCCACACUAUGCCGAACAGGAAGAUGUUUAUAAUUGUCUGGGUGAAGAGUUUUUGGACCACAACUUUGAAGGAUACCACACAUGUAUAUUUGCAUAUGGACAGACGGGAUCAGGGAAGAGUUAUACAAUGAUGGGUACUCCGGAGCAGCCUGGACUGAUUCCUCGAACAUGUGAGGAUCUAUUCCAGCGCAUCGAGAACUCAAACUCGCCGGAUAUUACUUACAAUGUCCGUGUUUCCCAUUUUGAGGUAUACAACGAACAUGUCCGUGACUUGCUAGUUCCUCGAACAGACCCUCCAUAUUAUCUUAAAAUCCGAGAGUCCCCCACAGACGGACCAUAUGUGAAGGAUCUAACGGACGUACCAGUUCGCAAUAUUGAUGAGAUUAUGCGUUACAUGCGGAAAGGUGACGCAUCUCGCACAAUUGCCAGUACGAAAAUGAACGAUACCAGCUCAAGAUCACAUGCUGUUUUCACCAUUAUGCUUAAGCAGAUUCACCACGACUUAUCUUCCGAUGAAACUACGGAGCGAGUUGCCCGUAUCCGGCUGGUAGAUCUUGCUGGUUCCGAACGGGCCAAAUCCACGGAGGCAACUGGAAAGAGACUGCGAGAGGGUUCAAAUAUCAACAAGUCAUUGACUACAUUGGGCCGCGUAAUUGCGGCUUUGGCAGACACUAAACAGCGCCAAAAUGGACGCAAGGCCAGGGAUAUUGUCCCCUACCGAGACUCCAUUCUCACCUGGCUCCUCAAGGACAGUUUAGGUGGGAAUUCAAAGACUGCGAUGAUAGCAUGCAUUGCCCCAGGGGACUAUGACGAGACACUCUCGACACUUCGCUACGCCAACCAGGCCAAACGCAUCCGUAACCGUGCUGUUGUCAAUCAGGACCAUAUUUCUGCUGCACAACGAGACGCUGAAAUCGCAGAGAUGGCCGAAAUGAUUCGUACGCUGCAGCUCAGUGUUAGCCAGCAAGCAGUAACGAAGCGAGAAAGCGAAUUGCAAACUGAAAAACUAGAAGAGUACCAAAAACAGGUGACCAGGAUGCAGCAGUUGAUGGAAGAAAUGAAAAUGGUCAGUGAAACCAAGAUCAGACAACUUCAGACCGAAAACGAGGCUCUCCGUCUUCACCUUAAGCUGGCAUUAGAGAGCUUGAAGAACCCUAUACCUCCGGUACAAGUACCCAAACAGAGAAACAGGCAGAGUAGUGUCCGGUCCUUGCUCGCAAAGGAUGAGGGUAACAUCGAAAUACUGGAGGAAGAUGCAGAGAAGGAAAACACUGCCCCUCCGGGCUUUGAUGACCAGAUAGGAGACAGCAAACCUGGACUUAGCCGUUUCGACCUGGAAGCCCUUGAAGUCCAAGCUGAGAUGGAAGACCUUCUUUCCGACCUGAACAUGUUCCGCAAAAAACUUGCUGACGACUGUGAACGAUUUGGCGUCAAGAAGAGACCUGCCCGGCCUAGCCAUGCUGCCAGAAAGGUACUCGGUGAACUUGAAGCCAACAACAACUGA